AUGUCCGACGGACUCUUGAAGCCGGAGAAGGACUUCUCCAAAGAUGCUGACAAGCUGAUUCCGGAGUCGGAGCAGCUUGCAAAGACCGAUGUUCAAGGAGCGAUUGACAAGCUGUUGGUGUUGGAGAAGCAAGCAAGACAGUCAUCUGACUUGCCCACGACAUCUCGACUACUCGUUACGAUUGUCACAAUCAGCAAGAACUCCGGCGACUGGAACCUCCUCAACGACCAAGUCCUUCUCCUUUCCAAGAAGCAUGGCCAGCUUAAACAAGCCAUCACAAGGAUGGUGCAGACAGUGAUGAAAUUCCUGGAUGAGACACCGAAUCUGGAUACCAAAUUGUCGGUCAUCCAGACCCUGCGGACAGUCACAGAGGGAAAGAUCUUCGUCGAAGUCGAAAGAGCUCGUGUUACACGUAUCUUAUCUCAAAUCAAAAAGUCGCAAGGCGACUUGAACGCCGCCGCCGAUAUUCUCUGCGAGUUACAGGUUGAGACAUUCGGGUCGAUGACGAGAAGGGAGAAGACUGAGUUCAUUCUGGAACAAGUUGCGCUUUGCAUAGAACGAGGCGACUGGACCCAGGCGACGGUUCUAAGCCGUAAGAUUAACCGACGAUACUUUGCCCGAAAGCCGAAGAAGAGCCCCGAGGAGAUCGAAAAGCUCAAGAAAGCAGCUGAAGAGAGGGAGAAGACUCGCGGGCCUGACGAGCCUCCCAUGGAUGUCGAUGACGACGUAACGGACCUGAAGCUUCGCUAUUACGAACAACAAAUCAUUCUUGCCAAUCACGACUACAAGUAUCUAGAAGUCUGCAAGCACUACAGGGAGGUACUUGAUACGGAUUCGGUGCAGAACAACCCAGAACAACUUCGAGCGGUAACUAGAUCUCGAUCCAUAUAA